AUGUCUGCGAUCCACUACCUUCUGCACGAGUCCCCCGUGGGCUAUGCCGUCUUCAAGGUGCAGCUGCAGCCUGAAACCAUCGGCAACCGCCUGCCGGAGGUCCAGGAAAAGGUCAAGGACCUCUCUACCUUCGGCAAGAUGGUCGCUGUCCAGGGCUUCGCUCCCUUCCAAGGCGCUGCCCAGGCUCUCGAGAACCAGAACGACAUUUCUGAGGGUAUCUGCUCGGACUACCUCAAGUCUAUCCUCGAGAUGCACAUCCCCAACCCUGGCAAGAAGAAGGAGAUCACACUCGGCGUCCAGGAGAAGAACCUGGCUGGUAGCAUCAAGGCGAACUUCUCCUACAUCAACUGCGAGACUGCCGAAGUCAGCGAGGUUGUCGCCGACCUGUUGCGUGGCCUCCGUCUCCAUGCGCCCAAGCUUCUCAAGCAGCUCCAGGACGGCGAUGUCGACCGUGCUCAGCUCGGUCUCGGCCACGCUUACUCUCGCGCCAAGGUCAAGUUCAGCGUCCAGAAGAACGACAACCACAUUAUUCAGGCCAUUGCUACUCUCGACCAGCUCGACAAGGCUGUCAACACCUUCUGCAUGCGCGCAAGGGAAUGGUACGGCUGGCACUUCCCGGAACUUGUCAAGAUUGUGCCCGACAACCACAAGUAUGUUAAGCUCGCCAUCUUCAUUGGCGACAAGAGCACCCUGAACGAGGAUAAGCUGCACGACCUGGCUGCCAUUGUGGAUGACGACGAGUCCGUCGCCAGGGAUAUCAUCAACGCCGCCCGCGUCAGCAUGGGUAGGGACAUUUCGGAGACCGAUAUGGACAACGUUCUGCUUUUCGCCAACCGCGCCCUGAGCCUUGCCGACUACCGCAAGUCUCUGAGCGGUUACCUUGUCAGCAAGAUGAAUGUUGUCGCUCCCAACCUGGCUGCUCUCAUUGGCGAGACUGUCGCAGCCCGCCUUAUCUCCAAGGCCGGUAGCUUGACCAACCUGUCCAAGUACGCCGCUUCGACUGUUCAGAUUCUCGGUGCCGAGAAGGCCCUUUUCAGGGCCCUCAAGACCAAGGGCAACACCCCCAAGUACGGUCUUAUCUACCACUCGUCGUUCAUCGGCAAGGCUGGUGCCAAGAACAAGGGCCGCAUUUCCCGCUUCCUUGCCAACAAGUGCACGAUUGCUUCGAGAAUCGACAACUUCUCCGAGAACCCGACGACCAAGUUCGGUGAGGCUCUGCGCGCCCAGGUUGAGGAGCGUCUUGAGUUCUACCGCACUGGUGUUGCGCCCACCAAGAACGAGAUUGCCAUGAAAAACGCUAUGGACAAGGUCCUCGGCGACAUCGAUGUUGAUGUUGAUGAAGCAAGCGAAGACGAGAAGGCCGCCAAGAAGGAGAAGAAGGACAAGAAGAAGGAUAAGAAGUCCAAGUCCAAGGAUGCGGAUGGCGACGUGUCGAUGGUUGAGACGGAGGAGAAGGAAGACAAGAAGGAGAAGAAGAAGAAGCGCAAGAGCGAAGGUGGUGAGAAGAAGGACAAGAAGAAGAAGAGGAAGUCGGAGUAA